UACACCAUUUCCAGAUCCAAGAUUCCGUUUCUCUCUCUCUCUCUCUCUCCCUCUCUACUCCGUUUCUCUCUGCAUCGAACCGGAACUCUGUCAAUGGCUUCGGAGAAUAACCUCGCCUACAAGAAGUCGAAAGAAGUGUCGGCCAUGAUAAAGCAAGGCUUCAUCUCCGAUCCUUUACUCUCUCCUCCCACUUCACGGCCAAACCAAGCCCAAGCUUCAGUCUCUAGGGUUCCUCUGUCCCCGCAGUCGUCCCCUUCUCCCGACUCGACCCGGUCGCCGAACCCCUCUCGUUCCGCCCGCCAGAGCCCGACCCUCUUCGAGAUGAUGUCGGAGGAGCAGACCCGGGAGUCGAAGCAGUCGGCCGAGGCUCGCCACAAGCUCCACGAGAGGGUGUCCAGGGUGCUCGAAACGGCGCCGUUCCGGAACCCGGCUAAUUGGGGCGGGUUCGGGGACGUGAAACUCACUAUUUCCGGGCGCGACGGGUUUCGGGUUUCGAUGGAUGUGCACCGCCGGGUCCUGGCUGAUCGGAGCCGCUUUUUCGCCGAGAAGUUCUCGUCCCGGGAUGGCGGCGGAUCGGCGGCGGCGCAUUCGGUGGAGAUAUGUGAUUGUGAUGACGUGGAAGUCUACGUGGAGACAGUGGUGUUGAUGUACUGUGAUGAUUUGAAGAGGAGAUUGAUGGGUGAAGAGGUUUCCAAGGUUUUGGGCUUAUUGAAGGUAUCGGCUGCAAUAAUGUUUGAUGCCGGGAUAAUGUCUUGUUUGGAGCAUUUAGAAGCCGCUCCUUGGUCUGAAGAAGAAGAGGAGAAGGUAGUAUCUGACCUAGCUGACCUCCGGCUCCAGCACUCUGCAGCUGAAGUGCUGCAGAGAGUAUCUGAUGAAGCAUCGACAUCUUCAAGAGCCGAUGACAUCUUCUUGAAGCUAUUGGCUGGUGUUUUACAGGCCAAGGAUGAUAAAGCCCGAAGAGAAAUGAAAAUCCUAAUUUCGAGACUGCUCAGAGAAGACACGCACGACCCGAGUAGUUAUAGCAACAGACUUGAUAUCUCUAAAGAAACCCUUUACCACCUCUGUCAUGAAUGUCUGAGUUCUCUUAUACUUUGCUUAUCCGAGGCGACAUCCAUGGAUGAUAGCAGGCGGGACCGAGGGGUUCUCAUGGGCGAGAUAGCUCGAGAAGCAGACAACAUGCAGUGGAUUGUUGAUAUCCUAAUCAACAAAAAGAUUGGGGAUGAGUUUGUGAAGUUGUGGGCAGAUCAGAACGAGCUUGCUAUUCUCCAUUCUAAAAUUCCCACCAUGUAUCGGCAUGAAAUCAGCCGGAUCACUGCGCAACUGUGUAUCGCGAUUGGCAGAGGGCAGAUUUUGGUGACAAAGGAAGUCCGAUAUUGUCUGCUGUCGACAUGGCUGGAUGCUCUUUACGAGGAUUUUGGGUGGAUGAGAAGGGCCUGUAGAUCCAUCGACAAGAAAUUGGUUGAGGAUGGACUAAGCCAGACAAUUCUGACCCUGCCAUUGCCGCAGCAACAGGGCAUCUUGCUGAAUUGGUUCGAUAGGUUUUUGAACAAAGGAGAUGACUGUCCCAAUAUUCAGAGAGCAUUUGAGGUUUGGUGGAGAAGGGCUUUCAUCAGGCAGUAUGUGGCUGACCCCCAAAUGCAGAUAACAGUAUGUGAUUAUCCAAAUUGAAACAUCUCAAAUAAUCAUAAUCUGCAACUGUAUAUAUGUAGUUUACCAUUCUUUUGUUCGAGCUGUGUUUUCCUUGUUUGCAAAAAUCUGUUAGGGGACUUCUGAAUCUUUGUAAUUCAUUUUUUUAAUGCUUAACCUCUAUAACAUAGAUAUAUGCCACAAAAUAAUUACUUUCUUUUGUU